AUGUGGGAUGGUCUCAGACGAAAAGAAGAGGAAGCCGGUAUCAAUAAAACGUCCCUGGUUACGUUGGAAGAAGGUGAUGAUCUUCCCCGAGUCCAAAACCUACGCCUUCGCGGUAUGAGAUUUGGGCCCCUGCAGAGCGAAUCGUGGGCCACGCAGCUACUAUGGCGGAACAUCAAACAUUUGUCUUUGUUAGAAGUCAAUUGGACUAGCUUGCUGCCAAAGCUGACCGAAAAGGGUUGUUUCCAUGCCAUCGAGGCCCUGGAGGCUAGUGUUCCAAUCCCGAUACCCUCAUUCACAAAACUUCAUACCAAUACAAAAUGCAUAAGCCAGUUCCACGCCUUUCUGGAAAAUCUCCCGCCUUUGAAAACGUUCAUUGGGUAUGGUUUUCCACAAGAGACUCUGGCGGUAUUGGCGGCGCACCACUCCCAACAUCUGAAGGACCUUCGGUUUCGAAACCAACUCAAUACUGGCACAGGAUACUCUACGGGAGACCCUGCCUUUCGAGCCAGCAUCCAUAGCCUCGAAAAUUUGUCCACUCAGUUCCCGAGUCUCGACUCCCUCGGUCUUCAAGUUGACUGGACAACCGACGAAGAACUGCCAUAUGACCUAAUCGCCAACGUUGUCCUGCAAACUCGUAUUCGCCAUUUAGAACUCAACUUACCAGACCUCAGUCGCAGCCGUUCCAAGUCUUGGCCCUACCCAGGCGCCAACGAAGACACUUGCCAGGCCCUUAUUCAGUCUCUUGACGAAAUCUCGACAAGCCUCCUCUCAUUACACAUUGAUAUUGGCGACUGGUACCCUUAUAGAGUCGAUCGAAGUUUCCGAUGGCCUUUAGGCGCGUUCGUGAUUGGGGAACGAGACUACGCAGGGCGCAUGCGUUUCCGCAAAAUCCGGCAAUUUGUACCGAGUGGAACAUUAUUGCGUGAGGGUGAUCUGGUCGUAGAGGUCCCGCCGUGGGUCACAAAAGGGAGUUGGCCGAGUGGUUUACGGCAGGACAUGGAAGGCAGGAUAAGUGAUAUGUUCUGUGGCAAAAUGGUCAGAGAGAAGUAUGCGAAUCAUUAA